UGCACGUGAUCCCCCAAGCGCUUGAUUCGGAUCCGCCAGGUCGAUUUCCCGGCACGAUUCGCGGCGCAUCCACGCUUUCAAGGUGCAGUCAAACCCAGUGAGCAACCAGGACCAGGCACACAUACUUGCCCUCGCUACGCCAGAGUGGAGUCGAUUGAUCGGGAGGGGUGCUGCUCGCCCAAAACUAAAAAAGAAGACAUGUCAUGUCAUAUACCCCAGGCCAACGUGCUCUUUUGCACUUACAACUUGCAAUUCCAACUGCAGCCAUGCUGCCACACCGACCCCCUUACCCCGUCCUCGAGUAGCCCUCCUUGCUGCUGCAGAGUCGUAUAACGAUGCACGACAUGCCCACCCCGCCUCCCGAGACUGGUGAACUUACAGCUGCUCUCCCACCACCCACAGGAGCGCUGGGGGCCAAAGAACCCUACGAUUGGACUGAGGAUCUUCCCCAAACGGACCAUGUCCGUUUCUUCAGAUCGACUGAUUGGUCGCGAACCAAGCUGGGCCCAUUGGAGACGUGGGAUUCCACCCUGCGACUAUUCACGCGCUUAGUCCUUGCAGACUCUCGAGCUGCAUGUUUAUGGUGGGGCCCCGACUACGUAGCCAUCUACAAUGAAGCCUACAUGCCUCUGUCCGCCCAGGCGCACCCGAAACUCAUGGGCUCGCCUUUCAUCGAAGGAUAUCCAGACCUAUGGCCGUAUAUCAAGGAAUAUUUCGAUAAAGCUGCCGAAACCGGUAGGGGCGUGGACUAUUCUUCGGCUGUGUCGCUGAUGGUCGAGAGGAAAGGAUGGCGCGAAGAGGCAUUCUUCAAUGGCAAUUUCGUUCCCAUGAGCAGUGGUCCUACCAACAAACCUGAAGGCUUCUACAACUCAUUAUUCGAGGUCACGAGCCAGCGACUGGCCGAGCGGCGGACGAUGAUGCUGAAUCGAAUGGCUUCUGUGCCCGACUUCCAACCAGACCGCGCGUGUGACCAUAUCCUGAAAACCCUCGAAACAAACGGAAACGAUAUUCCAUUGGCGAUGUUGUACGAAACUGACACCACCAAUGGACCUACCACAUUGCGCCUAAGAGGGCAAAUCGGUCUUCCUCAGGGUCACAAUCUACUCGUAGACGGGCAAAGUAUUGACAGCGACGAAGGAAUCAUUCCCGAUUGUCGGCUUGCUGGCUCAAGCAUACGCAUAAUAGACUAUGAUGAACGUUUUGGUUCGAUUUCCUGGCGAGGGUUCGGCUCACCUUCGAAUAAGAUCGCCGUGCUUCCUAUAAUAAGCGGUUCUCGAUCCUUCGGAUACCUAAUCGUGGGCACGAAUCCUUGUCGGCCCUUCGACGAUGAGUGCCAGCAGUUUCUAAAGGAUCUUUCGCGCAUGGUGUCCAGCAUCAUAGUGGCUGCUGUGAAUGCAGAGGAAGCACAGAUGCGCCAACAGCAGCUGGAGAAUGAUCUUGCUUUCAGCGACACCAAAUUGCGUCAUCUCAUCGAGCAUGCUUCCGUUGGAAUGGUCCACAUCUCACUGGAUGGAAACAUGUUAUGGGCGAACGACCACUAUUAUAGCCUCUGCGGGACGACGGCACAGGAACAACUGGAAAAAUUGGCCUUUUUCGAUGUCUUCAUAGAGGAGGAUAAACCCACAGCUAAAGAAGUUUGGGAAAGCCUUGUGAAGGGCGCAAAUCAUCAUGUAUCGGUCGAACUUCGACUGAAGCGAUUGUACACCUCUCCUGUAGGAGAUCCCGAACCCGCACAGAUCCAGGUGCUUGCAUUCCCAUACAGAGAGGAUGGGCAAGUCAAAUCCAUAAUGGCAUGCGCCACGGACAUCAGCAAGCUCAAAUGGGCGCAAACAUUCCAAGCUAGACUGGCUGCCGAGGCAAGAGAGGCCAAGAGGCAGCAAGAGGCUUUCAUCGAUGUAGUGUCUCACGAAAUGCGCAAUCCCUUAAGCGCGAUUGUGCAUUGCGCCGACGGUAUCAGUAAUUCUUUAGAGGAGUACCAAUCAAAGACGGCCGAUACCCCACAGCAAUACCUGGACGUAUUGAAGGAGAACGUUUCCUCGGCAAAUAUCAUCAUGGAAUGCGCACACCACCAGAAGCGCAUUAUUGACGAUGUCCUAACGCUCAGCAAACUAGAUUCUAUGCUUUUGUCGAUAACACCAAGCGCAGUAAAACCUGCAAAGUUAAUCAACUCCAUUGUAGCGAUUUUCGAAGCCGAAUUGAAAUCUAACGGCAUUCGUUACGAUAUCAAAGCAGAUCCAUCGAUCUUCCAGGCAUCGGUAGAUUACCUGUACCUAGAUCCUUCCCGCGUCACCCAGAUCUUCAUUAACCUCCUCACGAACGCGAUAAAAUUCGUCAAGACCACGUCGGAACCUCGUAUAUCUAUUCGCUACGGCGCCUCCCUUUUCGAACCACGCAACCUUUUCCCUUCGGAUAUGUUUUGGGCUGAUAAAUCGAAAGACUUCUGCGAUGUUACCGCAAAUUCAGAAUGGGGACAUGGAGAAGAAGUCUUCCUCACCUUCAUGGUCAAGGAUACCGGCAUCGGCCUAAAGGGAAAGGAAAUACACAAGAUAUUCGAGCGGUUUGGGCAAGCCAACGUGCGCACACAUGUGAAGUACGGAGGCAGUGGGCUGGGUCUGUUCAUCUCAAAAGAAUUAUCCGAAAAGCAGGGUGGUGAGAUAGGGGUGUCAUCCUCGCCUGGUGAGGGCUCUACAUUCGGCUUCUACGUAAAGACGCGGAGAGUCGAAAGGAAGCCUCAGACAUUGAGCGAGCUCAUGCAGCAGAGUAGCGGAACCGAAGACCAACAGCAACUCCACGUUCUUCUCGUCGAAGAUAACCUUAUUAACCAAAAGGUACUCGGCAAGCAGCUCCGCAAAGCUGGAUGUACCGUGGAAGUAGCGAACCAUGGCCUCGAGGCUUUGAAUACCUUGGAGAAGUCGAGCUUUGACGUUGUUCUCAUGGACCUGGAGAUGCCCGUUCUUGACGGAUUAAGCGCAAUGCGGGAGAUCCGAAAGAAGCAGCAUGAUGGAAAGUUACCUGAACCUCUGCCAAUUAUUGCAGUGACUGCCAAUGUCAGACAAGAGCAGAUCAUGACCGCCAUGGAUGCUGGAGCCGAUCGAGUCAUGCAAAAGCCCUUCAGAGCCGUGGAUCUCGUCAACAUGAUGAAGGAUCUGGUGCCUCAGGUCACAACGCCAGGAACCGAGCCAGGGACUCCGGGACUCAGUGAACGACUCAAUGAAAUCCUUGGCUGAAGAAUUCGUCAUAUUUAUGGAACACAUUGCACACCACUACCAAACGAUGAACAAAUGUCUUCGUAGUGCCGACGUUUCACCUUCGAAGCUCUAGCAUGGCCUACCUAUAAGGUCUGAGUUCUACUAGAGACAUUCUCUUGUGGGGAGUCGAGACAAUAG